AUAAACUAAAACACGCAGUUCCCAGUUCUUACUUUGAAUUUUCUCUCUCUCAUCAAUACUUGUCUUCAUCGUCAAAUAAAAGAGAACGGUGUUCAGUUGUGAACCCCAUUAGGCAGAAAAUUAAAGUUGAUGGGUGUUCUUGACAACAAAUGAGCAAUCUAUUGUAUCCAUGGAUUUUCUUGGUGACCCUUUUCCAAAUCUUAUCAAGCACAAAUACUGUCUUGGCUUCUGGUCAAUGUCUUGAUGAUCAACGGGCAUUGUUGAUUCAAUUGAAGAACACUGUCACAUUCAACAGGACAAUUUCGAUCAAGCUGGUGACCUGGAAUCAGUCUGAGGAUUGUUGCAUCUGGAAGGGGAUUGCCUGCGAUAGAUCAGGGCAUGUGACCGGUUUGGAACUGGAUAACGAAUCGAUUUCUGGUGGAAUUGAAAAUUCGAAUAGUCUUUUUGGAUUUCAGUAUCUACAGAGGCUGAAUUUGGCUUUUAACAGAUUCAACAACAUUCAGAUUCCAAGCGUGAUUUAUAAUCAUGUGAAUUUGACAUACUUGAACUUGUCAAAUGCUGGUUUCGUUGGACAGAUUCCAAUUGGGGUUUCGAACAUGACGAGAUUGGUUACUAUGGAUCUCUCUACCCAAUUCCCUGGGAUUCAGCAACUGAAACUUGAGAAUCCAAACCUGACAACGCUUGUUCAGAAUCUUAAAGAGCUUCAAGGACUUUAUCUUGAUGGUGUUAAUAUAUCAGCUCCCGGGAAUGAUUGGUGCCAGGCUUUGUCUUCGUCUUUACCAAAUUUAAGCAAAUUGAGCUUGUCUAGAUGUCAUCUUUCGGGCCCAAUAGAUUCUUCCUUCUCACAGCUUCAUCUUCUAUCAGUUCUCCGCCUUGACAACAACGAUCUGUCCACAACAAUCCCAGAGUUCUUUGCAAAUUUCACAAGAUUGACAAGCUUAAGCCUCAGCUCUUGCUCUUUGCAAGGAUUCUUUCCGGAUAAAAUCUUCCAGGUACCCACUCUACAGAAUCUGGAUUUGUCAAAUAAUGAGUUACUCAACGGCAAUCUGCCCCAAUUUCCUCAGCGUGGAUCUUUUAGAAGAAUCAUUCUUAGCUACACUAACUUCUCAGGUCCAAUGCCUGAUUCCAUUGGCAAGCUUGUAAUGUUGUCUAGUAUUGAUCUGUCCCAUUGCAAUUUCAGCGGACAACUUCCGUCCACGAUGACAUAUCUCACAGAACUAAUUUACUUGGACUUAUCAUUUAACAAUCUCACUGGUUUUGUUCCACUGUUCAAUAUGUCCCAGAAACUUACCUAUAUAGACCUCUCUCAUAAUGGUCUAAACGGUUCACUUUCUUCCAGGCAUUUUGAGGGACUUAAUGAUCUUGUAUAUAUGAACUUAGGGUAUAAUUCACUCAGUGGAAACAUCCCCUCUGUUCUGUUUGUGCUCCCAUCGCUGCAGAAACUCCGACUGUCUAACAAUCAAUUUGGUGGCCAAGUCAAUGAAUCUUCGACUAUGGUCUUCUCUCAAUUGGAUACACUUGAUUUAAGUAGUAAUCUUCUACGAGGGCCAAUUCCCCAAUUUUUCUUUGAACUUCGAAAACUUAAUGUUCUCAUACUUUCUUCAAAUUUCCUUAACGGCACUCUACAGAUGGCAAAUAUCCAUAACCUCCAAAACCUCACGAGACUGGAGCUUGCUCACAACCGCUUGUCAAUCAAUACAAGCAAUAGUUCUUCGAGCUCAUAUUCGUUUCAACAGCUAACCAGGUUAAACUUAGCUUCCUGCAACCUACAAAGUUUUCCUGACUUGAGGAACCAAUCAAAAAUGUCAUUUUUAGACCUUUCAGACAACCAAAUUAAGGGGGAAAUACCUAAUUGGAUUUGGGAAGUUGGACGUGGAAGCCUUGUUCAUUUAAAUCUUUCUCACAAUCUCCUGCGAGAUCUGCAAACACCUUAUAACAUUUCCAGUCUUUUGAUUUUAGACAUUCAUAGCAACCAGCUCCGAGGUGAUCUGCCAAUCCCUCCGCCAUCAGCUAUCUAUAUAGAUUACUCCGGGAAUAAUUUCAAUAGCUCCAUUCCGGCUGAUAUUGGCAACAGUGUUUCGAAUUCUUUUUUCUUCUCUCUUUCAAAUAAUAGUCUAACGGGAUCCAUACCUGAAUCCAUAUGCAAUGCUAGAUACCUUCAAGUUCUUGACUUUUCCAUCAAUUCCCUGAGCGGCAGAAUACCGAACUGUCUACUAUCAAGUAAUAUUCAGACUCUUGGGGUACUGAAUCUAGGAAGAAACAUCCUCAGCGGCACCAUUCCUAAUACAUUUUCUCCCAGUUGUGGUCUAAGAACUCUAGACUUCAGUAGGAAUAAUUUAUCAGGACAGAUUCCAGGAUCCCUAGCCAACUGCAAAUUGUUAGAAGUCGUGAGUAUUGGAAACAACAACAUUGAAGACAAAUUUCCAUGCAUGUUGAAAAAUUCAUCCAACUUACGUGUCCUAGUUCUGCGAUCCAACAAAUUCCAUGGAGGUAUUCGGUGUUUUCCUGGGGCAAGUAACAGCUGGCGAAAUCUUCAAAUCAUUGAUAUUGCUUCUAACAAUUUCAGUGGAAAUUUAUACCCAAAAUGCUUCUUAAGUUGGAGAGGAAUGAUGCUCGGCAAUGAUGGUGAAUUUGAUCACAACCACCUGAGGUUUGACUUUCUGAAUCUGAGCAACUUUUACUAUCAGGACACUGUGACAGCAACCAUUAAAGGGUUAGAACUGGAGUUUGUGAAAAUUCUCAGAGUUCUUACUGUCCUUGAUUUCUCAAGCAAUAAUUUUCAAGGAGAGAUACCAGACACUGUUGGGAAUCUAAGUUCUCUUUACAUUCUCAACUUUUCAAAUAAUGCUCUCAUGGGCCAAAUCCCGAAAUCAAUUGGAUAUCUCAGACAGCUUGGAUCACUAGACCUCUCAAAGAAUCAGCUAACUGGAGUAAUACCGGAAGAGCUCACAAGUCUAACAUUCCUUUCAUUCUUGAAUCUGUCCUGCAAUAAGUUGUUUGGGAAGAUCCCCCAGGGUCGUCAGUUUCAGACUUUUUCAGAAGUCUCCUAUGAAGGAAAUACGGGACUUUGUGGGUUGCCUUUGAAUAAAAGCUGCAAAGACAACACCUUAGCACCAAAUUCAGCUCCUAUCUUGGCAAGUAUAGAUUUUGAUUGGCAGUUUGUAUUCACGGGUUUGGGAUUUGGGGUUGGAGCAGCAAUUGUCAUCGCACCUUUUGCAUUUGUCAAGAAAUGGAGGGAACAAUGCAACAAGCACCUGGAACGACUUAUAAAGCUCAUUUUUCCAAGCUAUGGAUUCAGUUAUGUCAGGUAUGAUGGGAAGGUCGAGGCCGCAGAGGAAAUUGAAGACGAGACAACUGAUGAGGAGGAG